CGGAGGUGUGUGGGGUGCUCCAGCCUUCAAAGAAAUCUUCCUAAAACCCAGGGGUGAUCACUCCCCUGCUCAAUAAACUCCAGUGGCUCCCUAGUCCCUCCAGGAGCACAUACAAGAUGCGGUGUGACCCAGAGCCCUUCAUAGCUGCCCUUUCCGAAGACUUACACCGGACCCCGCGGCCCCCUCCCAUUCAGUCGGCCCAUUCUCUUGGAAGCAAUGAUCACGCUCUGCUUCCUUACUUUCCACUGACCUUGGCUCCCUCGAGUCCCAACCAAACCCCCACUUCCUACAAGAAGCCUCCGGUGCUUAAUCGGGGCUAAUGAUCCCGUGUCCCGCCUACAGCCAGAGCGCUUUGCAUUUGUGCGCAUGCGGUCUUCCCUCAUCGAGGACGCGCGUCCCGAGCGCUGAGCGGGGCCGGGCACACAAUAGGAACUUAAUAAACGUCCUACUGCAUUGCAUGGGAUCGAAGGGGCAGCUCCCAGGAUGGGGAAGGCGCGCAAAGACAAGCGAUAGGAACAGCAUCCCAAAAAGUGCUCCUAAAUGCGGGCGGGUGGAGGAUGGGGGAGCUGGAGGAACACCGGGGGGACAAAAGGAGGUCCGAGGGGAGAGGCGGGAGGAAAACCCCGGGGCUCCUUUAAGGGGCUGGCGUCACGUGACGCCUCCCGACAUCAUGGCUCCCCCAGUGUCUGUCCACGUGACCCACGGUCUGGGCGGGGUUUCGAGCUACGUUCGCGGAUUGGUCGGGAGUCGGGAGAAGGCGGGGUCAGCCUCAGUGAGAGGGAAUUGAGACCGGGCAAGGCAGCCGGAGCUGGAGUUGCCGCCGCCGUCGCCGCCGCCAACCUCGGGGUUGCUGUGGGCGGCUCUGGCAAGUUGCAGAGAAAAGGCCACUGACCCUGCUUUGAAAUCUGGCUCUCCCCUGCAGUCUCGACCGGAGGCAGAGGAGCGCUUGGGAGCCCCGGGGAGGCCCUCGUGGCCGUCCCAGCCUCCCGAAGCCAUGUCCGAGCGAGAGGAGCGGCGCUUCGUGGAGAUCCCCCGGGAGUCGGUCCGGCUCAUGGCCGAAAGUGCCGGGCUGGAGCUGAGCGACGAGGUGGCCGCGCUCCUGGCCGAGGACGUCUGCUACCGGCUCAGGGAGGCCACCCAGAACAGCUCCCAGUUCAUGAAGCACACCAAAAGGCGGAAGCUGACAGUCGAGGACUUCAACCGGGCCCUGAGGUGGAGCAAUGUGGAGGCGGUGUGUGGCUAUGGCUCCCAGGAGACGCUGCCCCUGCGCCCCGCCAGGGAGGGCGACCUCUACUUCCCCGAGGACCGAGAGGUGAACCUGGUGGAGCUGGCGCUGGCCACCAACAUUCCCAAGGGCUGCCCUGAGACGGCUGUGAGAGUUCACGUCUCCUAUCUGGACGGCAAAGGAAACGUGGAGCCUCAGGGAUCGGUGCCCAGUGCCGUCUCCUCACUGACCGAUGACCUGCUCAAGUACUACCAGCAAGUGACCCGAGCCGUGCUGGGGGAUGACCCGCAGCUCAUGAAGGUGGCCCUUCAGGACCUGCAGACAAACUCCAAGAUUGCAGCCCUGUUGCCCUAUUUUGUGUAUGUGGUCAGUGGGGUGAAGUCGGUGAGCCACGAUCUUGAGCAGCUGCAUCGGCUGCUGCAGGUGGCCCGCAGCCUCCUGCGCAACCCUCACCUGUGCCUGGGGCCCUACGUCCGCUCCCUGGUGGGCAGCGUUCUGUACUGUGUCCUGGAGCCACUGGCCGCCUCCAUCAACCCCCUGAACGACCACUGGACGUUGCGUGAUGGAGCCGCCCUCCUGCUCAGCCACAUCUUUUGGACUCAUGGGGACCUGGUGAAUGGUUUGUCCCAGCAGAUCCUACUGUCCUUGCAGAAGGUGCUGGCUGACCCCGUGCGGCCUCUGUGCUCCCACUACGGGGCAGUGGUGGGGCUGCACGCUCUGGGCUGGAAGGCCGUGGAGCGAGUCCUGUACCCCCACCUCUCCACCUAUUGGGCCAACCUGCAGGCCGUGCUGGACGAUUACUCUGUGUCCAAUGCCCAGGUGAAGGCAGAUGGACACAAGGUGUACGGAGCCAUCCUGGUGGCCGUGGAGCGGCUUCUCAAGAUGAAGGCGCAGGCUGCAGAGCCUGGCCGAGGCCGGAGCUGCCGGCGCCCUGAGGACCUGCCCUGGACGGGCCUCCUCCUGCACGAAGCGCCUGCCGGGGAGCCGGGCUUCGGGCCAGGGGCACCGCUGGCUCCGGGAACCCCGGGGCUGGGAAGCCCGGCCCCUCCCGUGCCCCUCGGGGACACGUAUCGGGAGCUCUACGCCUUCUUCGGGGACAGCCUGGCCACCCGCUUUGGCACCGGGCAGCCUGCGCCCGCGGCGGCCCGGCCCCCCGGCGCCAAGAAGGAGCCCGCGGCCGUGGCCGAUGCCGUUCGCAAGAUGCCCCAGCUCACAGCCAGCGCCACCGUCAGUCCCCGGGACGAAGAGAGCCCGCGCGGGGCGACCCCGGGAGGCCCUGCCAGCGCCCCCGCCUCAGCCCCUGCCGCCUCCGCCGAGAGUCGGCCUCUGCCCCGCGUGCACCGGCCCCGGGGAGCGCCCCGGCAGCAGGGGCUGGGAGCGGCCGCCCGCGAAGUCUUCCAAAAGAGCCGCUUCGCCCCCCGGGGCGCCCCGCACUUCCGCUUCAUCAUCGCCGGUCGGCAGGCAGGCCGUCGCUGCCGCGGCCGCCUCUUCCAGACGGCCUUCCCGCCGCCACAGGGGCCCAGCCCGGCCUCGCGCUACGCCCAGAAGCUGCCCAUGAUCGGGCGCACGGGGCGGCCGGCGCGCCGCUGGCUGCUGUCGGAUUACUCGCUCUACCUCCCGCUGUGAGGAGGCGGGGCCGGACGAAAAUGAACCAAUGAGCGUCUGCUGCAGGCUCCGCCCCUGUCCAGCCUUUUCGUCGAUUCCCGAACUCGCUCUACCUCGCGCGGGGAGGGGGCGGGGCUAGGCAGCGAACCAAUGAGCGCCUGCUGCAGGCUCCGCCCCCAGAUCGGCUUUCUUUCAGGCUGUGGUACUUGCUCUACCUCUCGCUGUGAGGGGGCGGGGCGAAGAAACGAACUAAUGCUGCAGACUCCGGGCUAGCUUUACCUUCCGCCGUGAGGUGGCGGAGAGCCAGUGGGCUGAAGUCGGAGGCUUGGCCCCCCUCAGGCCCUUCUGAGGUUCCUUCCUGUAAUUUCCAUUGCCAGGCCCCGCCUAGGCCUGACUAAUGAAAGGCCAGGUCAGGCGCCCCCCUGCGGUUCUGGGCGUCCGGUCUCUUGCAGUGGACGUGCUCCCCGGAGCUCCGGGGUACAUGAAACCUCGGCUGAGCCACUGACCGGAUGUGGGUCUGGACUCAGUUUCCUCACCUACAGUAAGCUGAAAAGGUGCGGGAGUUUGGAGCGGAACCUCUUUGAUUGCCCCACCCUCUCCAGAAGGGCGGGGCGUGUGCAAAUAAAUCUUUGCCGGAA